AUGGUGCAGUCUGAUGCUCCCCUCUGCAAUACAUGUGGGGAACAAGUGGGACUUAAUGAUAAUGGGGAGGUGUUUGUGGCUUGUCGCGAAUGCAAUUUCCCAAUUUGCAAGGAUUGUUUUGAGCAUGAGAUCAAUGAGGAUCAUAGAGUCUGCAUGAAGUGUGGCACUCCGUAUGAAGAGAGAACAAAGGAGGAGGAGGAGGAGGAGGAUUUCCAUGAGAUAGAAGUUCACGAAAAUCAAUCCACAAUGGCUUCCGAAAUCAGUAACCCUCAGGAUGUUGGACUCCACGCUAGACAUGUCAGUUCAGUAUCCACGGUUGAUAGUGAAGUAAAUGAAGAAUCUGGGAAAUCAUUUUGGAAAAGUAGAGUUGAAAGCUGGAAGGGAAAGGAUAAAAAAAACAAGAAGAAAAAGACUGCACCAAAGGUAGAAAAUGAGGCUUCCGUUCCACCAGAGCAGCAGAUGGAAGAAACACGGCCCACAGAAGCUGCUUCUGCGCCACUUUCAGUAAUUAUUCCAAUGUCAAGAUCCAAAAUUGCACCUUACAGAACUGUGAUAAUAAUGCGAUUGAUAAUAUUGGGUUUUUUCUUCCAUUAUCGAGUUACAAACCCCGUUGAUAGUGCUUUUCCUCUGUGGUUGACAUCUAUCAUCUGUGAGAUCUGGUUUGCAUUUUCAUGGGUGCUAGAUCAGUUCCCUAAAUGGUGUCCUGUCAAUAGGCAAACUUUUAUUGACAAUCUGUCUGCAAGAUUUGAAAGAGAGGGUGAGCCCAAUGAACUUGCUGCUGUUGAUUUCUUUGUCAGUACAGUCGAUCCGUUGAAAGAGCCACCAUUGAUCACUGCUAAUACAGUGCUCUCUAUCCUUGCGGUUGACUAUCCAGUAGAUAAAGUAUCGUGCUAUGUGUCAGAUGAUGGUGCUGCAAUGCUCACAUUCGAAUCUCUUGUGGAGACUGCUGACUUUGCAAGGAAGUGGGUUCCGUUUUGCAAGAAGUUUUCAAUUGAACCAAGAGCACCUGAGUUUUACUUCUCUCAGAAGAUUGACUACCUGAAGGACAAGGUGCAACCUUCUUUCGUGAAGGAGCGUAGAGCAAUGAAGAGAGAUUAUGAAGAGUAUAAAGUACGAGUUAAUGCUUUGGUAGCUAAGGCUCAGAAAACACCAGACGAAGGAUGGACUAUGCAAGAUGGUACACCUUGGCCGGGAAAUAACUCACGUGAUCACCCUGGCAUGAUUCAGGUUUUUCUUGGACACACUGGUGCCCGUGACACAGAAGGAAAUGAACUUCCAAGGCUGGUUUAUGUCUCCAGAGAGAAAAGACCAGGUUACCAACAUCACAAGAAAGCUGGUGCUGAAAAUGCACUGGUGAGAGUGUCUGCAGUUCUCACAAAUGCUCCCUUCAUUCUCAAUCUUGACUGUGAUCAUUAUGUUAACAACAGCAAAGCCGUUCGGGAAGCAAUGUGUUUUCUCAUGGAUCCACAAGUUGGUAGAGAUGUGUGUUAUGUGCAGUUCCCCCAAAGAUUUGACGGUAUUGAUCGUAGUGAUCGAUAUGCCAAUCGCAAUACAGUUUUCUUUGAUGUUAACAUGAAAGGACUUGAUGGCAUCCAAGGACCAGUAUAUGUGGGGACUGGAUGUGUUUUCAAUAGACAAGCACUUUACGGCUAUAGCCCUCCUUCUAUGUCCAGCUUACCAAGAUCAUCAUGCUGUUGCUGCCCCUCAAAGAAGUCCACCACAGAUGGCGUUCACAGAAACGCAAAGCGGGAAGAACUUGAAGCUGCCAUUUAUAAUCUCAAGGAGAUUGACAAUUAUGACGACCAUGAGAGGUCAAUGCUGAUUUCACAGAUGAGCUUUGAAAAAACUUUUGGCUUGUCUACUAUUUUCAUUGAAUCUACACUAAUGGAGAACGGAGGAGUGCCUGAAUCUGCAGAUCCCUCAAUGCUGAUCAAGGAGGCCAUUCAUGUAAUUAGCUGUGGAUAUGAAGAAAAGACUGAAUGGGGAAAAGAGAUUGGCUGGAUUUACGGUUCAGUAACUGAGGAUAUCUUAACGGGGUUCAAGAUGCAAUGCCGAGGAUGGAAAUCAAUUUACUGCAUGCCUUUGAGGCCUGCAUUCAAAGGGUCUGCACCUAUCAAUCUGUCUGAUAGAUUGCACCAAGUCCUUCGAUGGGCACUUGGAUCAGUUGAAAUUUUCCUAAGUAGACACUGUCCCCUCUGGUAUGGAUUUGCCGGAGGUCGUCUCAAAUGGCUGCAGAGAAUGGCUUAUAUAAACACCAUCGUCUACCCUUUUACAUCCCUUCCUCUCAUCGCUUAUUGUUGUUUGCCAGCAAUUUGUCUCCUCACAGGAAAAUUUAUCAUACCAACGCUUUCCAACGUUGCAAGCGUUCUCUUUCUUGGACUUUUUCUCUCAAUUAUAGUAACCAGUGUGCUUGAGCUGCGCUGGAGUGGUGUUAGUAUCGAAGAUUUGUGGCGUAAUGAACAGUUCUGGGUGAUUGGAGGUGUUUCAGCCCAUCUAUUUGCUGUGUUCCAAGGAUUUCUAAAGAUGCUGGCUGGUGUUGACACCAACUUCACUGUCACUGCUAAGGCUGCAGAAGACGGCGAGUUUGGUGAACUUUACCUUGUCAAGUGGACUACUCUCUUGAUUCCACCAACAACCCUUAUCAUUGUUAACAUGGUUGGUGUUGUUGCUGGAUUCUCCGACGCACUUAAUGGGGGUUACGAAUCUUGGGGACCCCUCUUUGGUAAAGUGUUCUUUGCUUUCUGGGUGAUUUUUCAUCUCUAUCCAUUCCUCAAAGGUCUCAUGGGUCGCCAAAACCGCACGCCAACCAUUGUUGUUCUGUGGUCAGUGUUGCUGGCCUCUGUCUUCUCUCUUAUUUGGGUCAAGAUAAAUCCAUUUGUGAACAAAGUUGACAGUGAAACUAUCUCCGAGACCUGCAUUGCCAUAGAUUGUUAA